GAUUCAGCUGAUGACGUUCACGUGAAGAAACAAGAAAACACCAAUUCCUUGGUACCAAUUUAAAAGAAGAUAUGCCUCCCAAGUUUAGUCGAGUUAACGGGGACGACAGAUCCACCGCCAGAGCUUCUGAAAGGGUAAGAAAGAUGUAGAGUAAUGAUUAGUAAUGACUUUGUCAGUUUGCCACGACUGACACUAAACAAACUUCACGUUCUCAUUGAUGUAAACUUGUCGAUGCUGCACAGAAAUACUGGCUUUUGAUCUUAAAUUUUCCACAUUCUAGUAAGUACCCAGAAUUUUUUUUUUUUUUACCAUAUGAUGCAAGAUUGGCUUGUAUCAAUAGUGCAGAUAAAAAUCUUUCACAUUUGGAGCAAGCAAACUUGUAGUGGUCUUGCUGCUCAUGGCAAGCCUAUGAGGAAGAAUUGUCAUGAGAAGCAAACCCUGAAAUAAUGGCUUGCGGUAUUUUACCAAAUCUAAGCCAGGCAUCGCUGGGGUUCCCUUUUUAGACAACUGUCUUGUGUCAAAUUAUUUGUUCAUGCCUUGUCUGUAAAAGUGUAAGGGUUAUGUGACGCUUAAAUAGACAGUUUUGAUGUUAGAAGUAACCAUGCCUUUGAAAUAAUGGCUUGAGGCUGAAUUUUGUUCCAUGAUUUCUAAGGGAUAUUUUGAAAAGAACUAAUUUAAGGUGGCUCCUUAGAGUAUUCAGUAAUGAACCUCCCUUCAGAACGCAAGUUUUGAAGGAAAUCAGUUGAUUUAUCUCCCACAAGAUAUACACCAGUUCAGCAAAUGAUUUGAUAAGGCUUCUGUUUUGGGUGUCAAUUUUAAGAUUUAUGAUUUUACCAUGGCAAUAUCACCUCAAAUGACAGGCAGAUAAAUCACAAUUUUAAUUUGGCCUGAAUACCGUAAAAUUCUUACUUUCCCACAGUGAAAUGUCUUCUUUCUUUGCCAAAUCAUAGUCAUGAUGUUGCAUGACUUUUUGAGAUGGAAGAAACUUAGGAACAUUUGGACAUUUUUGCCAAUAUUCUCUAAUUUGUCAUUUUUCUGAAUGUAUUUGAUUAGCUCUGAGAGAUUUUUACUGAAAUAGACUGUUGAUAUUGAAUGUAUGUGGCUAGAACUUAGUCAAUUUUCAAAAUAAUUUUUCCAAGGAAAUGCAAUAAAUCUCACUUGAAAGAUCUGCUUUUCCUUGCUCCCAUGAAAAAGAAAUAAAAUAGCACUUUACAAAGAUUGAUAUCUGGGCAUACUUAAACUUUUGUAAUCUGUUGCCUUUACCCAAUCUUUUACCUGGUGUUUUCUUUUCUGGCCACCUCUUUUCUCAGGCAUAGGGGACCUAUGGAUAUUAUGGGUAUAGUUGACUACAAAUUGAAAAUUAACUUGGUCUUAUUAACACAAAAUUGCAAUUGAAAUCAUUUAUUAAGUAUACUAAUCACCAUGAUGAGCCAGCCGUGAUAGACCUUAGCAUGAUCGUAGUCGCUCUGACACCAUCACGAUUAGUAUGAAUUUUAACAGUUAUGCCAGGUUAUAUUUUUCAUCAUUCCUGUUUUUUUCUUUUUUGUUUUUGAAAACAAAACUUUAUAUACUAUACAAGUGUUAGCUGUGUUUGAUUUUUAUUACCAUAUGUAAACUCGCAAUCUAACUGAGUGUGAAAACCGUUAAAACUCAGACUGUCUAUUUUGUUUUAUCUUUGAGGAUUUUGUCUCUGCUCAUGUUACAGUAACAUAAAUUCAUGCACCUGGAAUUUUUGCAAACGUUUUCACUUUCAAUUAACAAAAGAAAAGCUAGAAGGAAGUCCCAGAAAAGGUCAGACAUAGUACGAUUUGGCAGAUGGCAUGACAGCUUUAGCUCAGUUCUAUGCUCUAUACUCUCAUAGAGCACACUCUUUCAACCAAUGACAGUACAUGUUAUAUCUGAACUUUAUUACAAUUUGGUUUAUUAUUUAUGGAUUAUCACAGGUCAGUUUACUUGAUGACUCAGAUGAUGAAGAUGGAUCCAACAUGUAAGUGACAACUUAAUCUUAAACUGAUUUUGAGAACCAAGAUAUACAUGUACAUGUACAUGUACAACAUAGGUAGCCUGUGGUCAUUUAUCCUACUCUCUACCCAACCCUCAGACUGGAGCACCCAAGGGUCAUAUUUACAAGUUCUGUUUGUUUAACCUAAAACUAUGUAGCACUGGGCACAAAAACACCCACUGGUAUAGGUGUAGGGGUCCGUAAAGCUGAUUUUUUUUUAUUCGAGAUGAUUCUUUCAAGUUUUGACAGUUAAAUUUAUCAGCUACAAAAACAAAAUGGAAUGGUUAGGGUGCCACAACCUUCUUCUCCAUUCUUUAAAUUUUGAUUUCGAAAUAUGGUUUUGGGCCUGUUUAGUUACUGGGAAUUUCAAGAAAUGAGCCCUAGUGGUCCAAGGGUACAGAGGCUGUUACACAAACAGUGUGCUGUAGUGUGUGUUUAUAGAGUCCAAAUUAAGGCUAAUUGGUGUGACUGUACUUUUGGUUCUCCUUCCUUGGGUAAGGAAAGAUAACCAAAAUAGCCAGAAUUGUAUCUUGUUUGGGACAAUAUCUGAUAGCUUUCAUGAUUUUAGGACCCUGUGUUGGAAAAAGGUUUCAGUUUCUUUUCUUCCUUAAGAUGCCUUUUUUAGAGAUAAUUUGUGAAUGAGAUUACUUUAAAGAAAAAAAUUUCUCAGGUAUUUUAUCUGGAUUGAAAUGGUAGGAAAGGGGCAGGGGGAGAUGUUCCAGGAGGAAUUAUUUGACCUAAUUGUAGUAAAUUUCUUGGCUAACAGUCAAAAAAAAAUUUUUUUUGAACUUGCUGCCUUCUUUUGACAAGUAUGGGAUAUCAAAAAAAUUAUUUCUACAGGCUAAUUUAUGUUUUUCAUUUUAUAAAGAUUUGCAGCACCUGAUGGUUUUCAUCACAUAAAACCGCAACCAACGGUGAAGGAUGGGAUAGCAAAGGUGAAAUCAGAAAUUAAGGGUGUUAUGGGAAUAAUGCAAGACAAUAUAUCAAAAGUACUGGACAGAGGUUCAAAGUUAGAAGACCUGCAAGAUAAAUCAGGUAAAUUAAAUACAGGUGCAGCCGUGCUGUAAAUAUUUGAAUAUAUAUAUAUAUAUAUAUAUAUAUAUAUGUUAUUUUCAUUACAUUUUAACAUACCUGAAAUACUGAAUUACAAGCAUGAAGUAGUUUGCACGAUCGUAAAUGUAGCAUACAACGGUGAUGGCUGAAACUUAUCGGGGCUCCAAAUGAAAAAAAAAAUGUAAAGAAAAAACUUAAGUAUAUUCAGUUUCAGUCAGUGGAGUACUAGUUUAGGACAGUGUACAGUGUACUAUCUGUAACAAUUCUUUUUUUAGUGGGUUAAACAUGAUGAUAGUUACUGUGUUGAGCUCUUUCUUGGUUAGAGGGAUCUGCAUUUUAGCUCUUGGUGGGUUGUUGUGUUGUGUUCUUAGGCUAGCCUGCAGAGCAGGCAUACAAAGUGUAACUUUUGGCAUGUGAGUGCUCAGUAUUUUCUUAGCAAAAAUUAUGAUUGCCAUCAUUGAUUUAAAUGGGAAUGGAAGGUUGGAGAGAGAAAGACAUUUGUAGUGUAAUUGUCAAAAAUAAGGAGAGGGGUGGGAAUGGGGGAGUUGAUAUUUUUGGCCUUUCCUGCCCACUUCCCCCACCGCCACCUCUAUUUCCAAAUCAAACAUGGCUGGUUGAAUAGACGACUGCAAGAUUCUUAAUGUUAACUUGCCCUAAAAAGACUCCUGCACUGCAUGCUAUUCUUGGGCACAACACUUUAUUCUCAUAUUAUCUCUCUCCAUUGAGGUAUAUGAAUGGGAACCAGCAAACUGUUGGAGAAACAUGGCAAAAUGCUGAAGGAUGACCUGCAGUGAGGCAGUACUUCAUCCAUUGGGUAGUACAGAAACAGUGCUUUAAGUGCUGUAGCUUAAUGCUACAGAAAAUAAGAUAUUAAUCUUCUGUAAAAUGUCCCACCUGGCUUGUGUGUUAUUUUAAUGAUUGCAUUUUUUCAGAGGGACUGGAGAUGAGUGCAUCACAUUUUAGAUCAGGGUCCAGAAGACUACAGAGAAAGUUAUGGUGGCAAAAUUUUAGAGUAAGUGUCAAUUUUCUUCAUCUGAAAAUGUCUAAAGAUGUAUGUCAUUUCCGCUCUCAAAUGGUUGCAACCACUUUGUAGAAGAAUGUUACUUAAUAUGUAUUUAGUAUCCUUUGUUUUAAUUCUCAAAGUGAAUGCAAAUUUUGUUUGUCUUAAAAUGUCUUGCCUUUCUUUCUUCUUCUCCCUUUGGGCUCCUCAUUCUGCUCUAUGACUUCAACAAUUCUUCCAAACAUUGUGACUCGUUUCUCUUAGGAUUAUCACUUAUUAAUACAUUUAUAAAAGUCUUUCUCACAUCAUGGGGAGGGCAGCCUGCAAGGUUCCAGGACAUAGAUAGCAUAGUUUUCAAAAUGAACAUGUAAAAAAUAAUUCACCCAAUCAGACUUAGCCCAUCAAAUGUUUUUUUUUUACCUGUGAAAUUUAAUAUUUUGGGUUGCUGGUUGGUUUGGAAUGUGGAAAGUUUCUCUUGAUAAAUCUGAUAUCUUUUUUUUGCAAUGAACUGUAAGAGUUGUAGGAGAAGCUUUCAAAUUAUUGUCCAAGAAAUGUCCUCACCUUUGCUACAGAAAGUCUUACAGGUUAACUCAACCCAUCCAGAAACUUUUAUUUGCCAUAAUGUUUUCAUUUGUUAUAGCUUGAAACCAGGCCUACAUUGAUUAUACAUCCCAUAUUUUUUUUCUGAUGAGAUUUUCUUUUUUCCUUUAGCUCAAGUUAAUCUUUGCAUUUAUCUUCAUUGUAAUUCUCAUUAUCAUAAUAGGUGAGUUUUAACAGUAAAUAGAAAACAUAUGUUUCUUUAGGGUAAUAAUGAUAUUUACAUACAGUAUGUAGGGAUUGCUAAUGAAGGUAAAGCUACAGCCAAACUUUUCUAUAGCAGCCACAAUGGAGGCACAGGAAAAUGGCCAUUAUGGGGAGGGAGGGGUGUAAUGUGACGUGCUGGUUGGGAGGUUCCAUUUUCAACUUUCAAGAUAUCUUAUUGUGGCAUAUAUGCAGUGCAGCUCAAUUUAGAAAAAUGUAUCAAAUCAUUGAUACAUUUCAAAAACAAGUGUUCAGAAGGAAAAAAGUUUUGAAAGGAAACUAGGGAGGAAAACUGAGUUCAUCAGCUUGUACAAAUAAUGUUUUAUUUUUAUGCUAUUACAGGCAUGUUAUUGCAUUCAAGCUGCCCAAAAUGGUCACUAGCUUGUAGCAUGGACGAGUUCUUUUGUUCCCCAUAAACUUUCUAAUGGGUUAUCCAUUGGCCAUUGCUGUAGGGGCAAAGACAUAGUGGCUGAUGUGUUUUUGUAGCUGCUGUGGAGAGCUGCCUGUUAAUGGUGUUUAGCUGUAUUUUUAAAGAUAGUAUUUGGGAUGAAUUUUCAUGUGAUUCAUAGUCGAGGUGUAGGAUAUGUUAUUGUGUUAUAAUCAUUCCCCUCUCGUUUUCAACAUGGUUACCAGGCGACACUUUAAAAUCUUGGUUACAUGGGUGCCCUGUGUGAACUUCUUCUGUUUGGUGACAUUUUUUUCUUCCGUUAUGUUUGCAGUUCCGAUUGUUGUGAAGAGUAAAAAGAAGUCAGAAGACAACUCCAGAUGAAGGUCGUUUUUUCAAAAAUAUAUUGAAUUAUAAAUGAAAUUUAUUUCAGCCUAGGAUUAUGAUCAAAUGUUAGAGUACUGCUGAAUGAAAUCUAUUAGGAAAUUACAGCAAGAGGAAACAAUGAGAAAAAUGUUUAAUGUGUAGGUGUCUUUACGUGCCUUUACGGACUUGUAUAUAAAAAUAGCUUAACCUGAUAGAACACGAAUUGAAAAUCUCACAGUUUUAGCCUUGACAUUUUUUCUUUUCUUUUUUGUUAAAUAUUUAUGUACUCGUAUAAUUAUUUCCAUUUGAUAGAUGUUCCUAAAUUGUCUCUUCCAUUUAAAUUCAGUUUUCUCUGUGGGACCAAAAAUAAAUGUUCUUCACUGAGAUACAUAUAUUUUCGGGUGGGAGUUAAAUUCACAAUCUGUGAAAGAUGAGGAAUUCUUUUUUUCAAUAUAGUAUUUAUUUGAAACGCAGAGAAAGUUUGUGAACAGUUCUUCUGGAGUGUGAAUUAUGUCUGAAUAUUCACCAAGAUAAGCUCAUUGUGACUAAAUUCCAAGCGACCUGAUACUUGAAAUGCACCGACAGAACAUUUCGUGAAAUAGAAAACCUAAUUUAGCAGUAGAACACAUUAUUCCGGGCUCUGCAACGUAAUAACGUAACAGAUAAGCUUGAAAGUCACUCGCCUUCGACUUGUGAUUUACAAGCUUUUCUCUUGUUCUCCCAACAGUCCAUGUAGCUUUAAAAAGUUAUAGAUCCCGGUAAAUUGUUAUAUGUAGCUCACUUAGGCAUGCACAAUCAAACUGGUACUGAUCUAACCAAGCACUUUUGCAAUAAAGUUCCUCUACUCAAAAACAAUCAGAAGAAUAUCAGAAUGAGCAAUUGUUGCAUGAGAACUUGCCUCCAAAAGUAGCCAUUCUCGUUCAGCAGCGAUUUGAGGGAAAAAGAGUGCUAUAGGGUGGCAAAGUUUAUUUAUGUUAUUGCACGAGAUUAACUACAAAC